ACUAUUUAUCUUCCGGGUAGCGACUCGUAAUUUGCUGCUUACGACAGGAUGAGCCACGCGUGCUAGUUGUCACGCCUUUCCGUAUUUCUAGAGCGUAGAUAAAAAGUUUUGUAUUGCAGUUUUACAACAUUAUAUGUGUUUGAACCAGGGCUACGUGUGUAGCUGCCUCGGGAGCCAUGGAGGCCCCGUCCUCUCACCUCUCCGCCCGGGGUGCACCGCGGUGGCUGCUGUCCGGCAGGAGAAGCUCCUCGAGCGCAGGGACAGAAUGUGACACUGGGCGAGACAUGAAAACCCAUUUUCGUGUCUGUCGCUUCAUAAUGGAGAUAGGUGUGAAGCUGGGGAUGCGUUCAGUGCCUGUGGCCACAGCCUGUGUUCUGUAUCAUCGUUUCUUCGAACGAGUCAACUUGGCCGAGUACGAACCGUACCUGGUGGCCAUGAGCUGUGUGUACCUAGCAGGCAAAGUGGAGGAGCAGCACAUUAGGACCCGUGACAUCAUCAACGUGAGCCACAGGUACUUUAACAGCGGCGGUGCUCCUCUAGAAUGUGAUAAGGAAUUCUGGGACUUGAGGGACAGCGUGGUACAGUGUGAGAUUCUCAUUCUACGACAGCUCAGCUUCCAAGUCUCCUUCGAACAUCCUCACAAGUAUUUGCUGCACUACAUGUUGUCUGCCAAGUCACUGGUGAACCGCCAUGCCUGGUCUCGAACCCCUGUCACUGAGACGUCCUGGGCCUUGCUUAGAGACUGUUACCACGGAUCCAUGUGCAUCCGCCACUCGGCACAACACAUCGCCAUAGCAAUGCUGUACCUGGCUUUAAACAGCUACGGAGUGGAGCUUCCUGUCGGGGAGAAACCGUGGUGGCAGGUGCUGUGUGAUGAUGUGACCAAAGAGGACAUUGAUGCAGUGAUCACUGAGCUGCUUCAGCUGUAUGACAUGGAGGCUAAGUGUAUCUGAAGGAUUAGAGAGUUACUCUGGAGACACAUUACAGUGUCACUAUUAAAACUGACACUGAAGGAUUUGGUGUUUUAACCCGUCUGAACUUGGAAGGGAACUUUUUGAGGGUGAAGUCUGUAGACUGAAUAUAAAGGAAGAACCUAAACAGACCACAGCUUCAUUUUCAUUCAUUCAUCUUCCACGGGUCAAUCCUUCUCUGGGAUGCGGGACAACCUGAAGCUCAGAUCACAGACACAUGAAAGGACUGUGCCCAGCAUGUUUUUGAAAACCCAAAUAUCUUGGAAAAAAACAACACACAUGAACAACAUAUGCACCAGGGACCCAGGGGUCCACCAGUGAACUUGCUGAAAGGUGGAAGGAAAGAAAAGUGAACUCCUUUUACUUAGCGCCCGGGGAGCAGUGUGUGGGGACGGUGCCAUGCUCAGAGCACCUCAGUGGUAACUUGGCAGCUGGUGGACUCAAACCUGGACCCAACUCUGCUUCCUUAACCACAAAUCCACCACUGCCUGUAAAAGUAGUAAUGUAAGUAAUAAUGAGGAAAUAUGCUGUUCUAUUGUUAUCACAACAAUACAGACACACGUGUGUUUGUGUGUGUAAUCACGGCAUGUAAUUAGUAGUUUCUGUUGGCACACAUCAUUAUGUGCGCAGUAGACCCACAUGGCUCUUGUCAAUCAAUUCUAUAACAAAAAACAUGUGCAGUAGUUUUUUAUGCCACAUGAGGGAGACAUUUUUCCUCUGUCGACUAAUCUCAUGAAUCUUAUUCUUAGCAGAAAAGAGCAUCCUUGUUCAGAACCAUCAAUUAAAACAUAUCACUGUAUGGAUGAAUAGAGUAGGAGGUCUAAAUAUUUUACACAUUUGAUAUCAAUAAAAGAUAGUAAACAAAA